GGCCCACCAGAGAGGCCCAGCGGCCGGGCGGCGAUGGCGGCCUCCUGCGCGGACAUCCUGCGGAGGGAGUUCCCGGAACUCGACGGGGAGAUGUUCGAUUACGUGACCGGAGUCCUGCACAGUGGCAGCUCGGACUUCGAGUCAGUGGACGAUCUGUUUGAAGCAGUCGGGGAACUCCUGCAGGAUGUGUCCAGAGACUCCAAAGACGAUGAGGACAUCCGCGCGAUCUGCCAGCGGAUGUACAACACCCUUCACUUGGACAGCGAAAAUGCGCAGGCCAACAGGCAGCUGCUCUUAGAUGCCCCAAUUCAGCUUUCUCAGAUCACUGACAGUUGCGAGUCCGGCUUGGAAAUGCUGCCGGGGCUGCUGCUGAAGAGAGACCAGAAUUCGAUGGUGAAUACCAAGAAGCUGGAGAAAGCAGAAGCUCGCAUCAAAGCAAAGCAGAUCAAGAAGCAGGAGCGAGAUGCCACCAAGUCUGGCAACCCACUGGUACUCGAAGAGGCGACGGCCAGCCAAGCUGCUAGCAAGAAGGAGACUCGGCUAGAGACGUCAGGCAAGAACAAGUCCUACGAUGUGCGCAUUGAAAACUUUGAUGUGUCCUUUGGUGAGCGGGUCCUCCUCACAGGUGCCGAUUUGAACCUGGCGUAUGGCCGGCGGUAUGGCCUGGUGGGCCGGAAUGGACUGGGCAAAACCACCUUGUUGAAGAUGAUUGCGAGCCGCAGCUUGCGCAUCCCCUCGCACAUUAGCAUUCUCCACGUGGAGCAGGAAGUAGCGGGGGAUGACACGCCAGCCCUGCAGAGCGUCCUGGAGUGUGACACCACCCGGGAAAGUUUGCUGAAGGAAGAGAAGGAGUUAACAGCCAAGGUCAAUUCUGGAAGGGCAGAAGGCACAGAAGGCGCCCGGUUGUCCGAAAUCUAUGCUAGGCUGGAAGAGAUUGAAGCAGACAAGGCCCCAGCGAGAGCAUCAGUCAUUCUGGCUGGACUGGGAUUCAAUGCAAAGAUGCAACAACAGACAACCAAAGAGUUCUCAGGAGGCUGGAGAAUGAGAUUGGCUUUAGCACGUGCCCUCUUUGCAAGGCCUGACCUCCUCCUGCUUGAUGAGCCGACCAACAUGUUGGAUGUGAGGGCAAUCAUCUGGCUGGAGAACUAUCUGCAGACUUGGCAGUCGACCAUCCUGGUGGUGUCUCACGAUCGGAACUUCCUCAAUGCCGUGGCCACCGAUGUUAUUCACCUGCACUCGCAGAGGCUAGACAGCUAUCGUGGCGAUUUUGAGAACUUCGUCAAGAUCAAAGAAGAGCGGCUAAAGAACCAGCAGCGCGAGUAUGAGGCCCAGCAGCAAUACCGGGAACACAUCCAGGUGUUUAUUGAUCGAUUUCGCUAUAAUGCAAACCGGGCAUCCCAAGUACAGAGCAAACUCAAACUGCUGGAGAAGCUGCCCAAGCUGAAGCCUGUGGACAAAGAGUCUGAAGUGAUAAUGAAGUUCCCAGAUGGCUUUGAGAAGUUUUCUCCCCCCAUCUUGCAGUUGGAUGAAGUUGACUUUUACUAUGAGCCCGAUAACUACGUUUUCCGCUCCCUCUCGGUCUCAGCGGACCUCGAGUCUCGCAUCUGCGUGGUAGGAGAGAAUGGAGCUGGCAAAUCCACUAUGUUGAAGAUCCUGAUGGGGGACCUUGCACCUGUGCGGGGGAUUCGGCAUGCUCACAGGAACCUUAAAGUUGGCUAUUUCAGCCAGCACCAUGUGGAUCAGCUAGAUCUGGACAUCAGUGCCACCGAGUUACUAGCCAAGAAGUUCCCAGGGAAGACCGAGGAGGAGUACCGGCAUCAGUUGGGGUGCUAUGGCGUAUCUGGAGAGCUGGCCGUCCGCCCUGUGGCCACCCUGUCUGGAGGCCAGAAGAGCAGAGUGGCUUUUGCGCAGAUGACCAUGCCUUGUCCCAACUUCUAUAUUCUGGAUGAACCGACCAACCACCUUGACAUGGAGACUAUCGAGGCUCUGGCGAAGGCGCUCAACAAAUUCCGGGGUGGUCUAAUUCUGGUUUCCCAUGACGAACGUUUCAUCCGCCUGGUGUGCGAGGAGCUAUGGGUCUGCGGGAACGGCACUGUACAACGCAUUGACGGUGGCUUUGACGAGUACAGAAACAUCCUGCAAGAGCAGUUCCGGAAAGAGGGGUUUCUAUAAAACCGGUGCCCCGACUGCGUGCAUGAGCUGGUUUGGAGCAGGCCUCGUCCUUACCUGAUGGUGCAGCUGGGGAUUUCCCCUACAUCGUGUGAACGUGGGCUGUGAACGAUCGAUCUCCUUCGGGUUAACCCUUCCGCCCCCUUCCCAGAAACCAACAACGGCUGGGAAUUGCAGAGCGAGGGGGUUAAGGAAAGUGAAUGGGCCGGCUCCCUGCGCUGCUGGAUCUGUGUCAAGUCUCUGCUGGGCAGGGGCCCAAGGACAGUCCUGAAGGAGGUGGGGUACCUUGAGUGUUGCUUUAGAGGAGUGGAACGGGGAGGGGAGGGGGCCCUCUGCGGCAGGCAAUUCCCCUCUUCCUCGCCGCUUGUCCAUUUGUGGAAUUGGACUUGCUGCUGUCAUGAUCAAUGAGCAUAGAAAGGUUGCUUGGGUGAACAUGCUGCUCGGUGCUGCACACUUGAGGACUCUCUCAAAGAAAUAGGUAGGGAUGCCUGACCCACCUUUGAAGUUGGCAUGGUGAGGAGUUUUCCUUCUUUCCUGCCAUCCCACUUGCUGUGAAAACACACAAGCCGGGUCCUCUUGGACAAGCACUUCUCUCACGACUUAGGCUUACAUUUCACUUUUCUUUCCAGGAGGUAAUGCUUCUGUACACUGAGGAAGGAGCCCAUUCUUACCCCCUUUUACCCUUAGCUGUGAUCUUGAGGGAGGGUAGACAAGGGAUCAGCCACACUUCCCUCGUGGUGGUGGUGGUGGAGGAGGACAUGCAGCAGCAAGUCAUCCUGUCUUGUCAGAAGGUGCAGUUCUUGACUCUUCUGCUGUUGGCACCUUGUAUCUUAGGGACGAUCCACACACCUGCACCAGUCUCUGGAUUUCUACAAGUCCGGGUUCUAAACGUUCUAUGUUCUGCCCCAGCAAACGCACCGUGUCUGGGUAAUUAAAAGAGAAAGGUUUUAUCUUGCAAUGUAAACUUUCAACUCACUCUUCAUCAGCAUUGAGGUUGCUGUGUAAAUAAAACGGGAUCUCUCUGA